UGUUUGGAACAAAACUAACGUUCAAUUUCAAAGUCAUCCGAGUCCAUACGGUUUCAUGUUUCAGACACUACCUGGUUCUGACCUUGUAAUCAGGGAGAAGAGAAGCAGUUGCAGAACCUCAAAACCUCACUAAGCACACGACGCCGUUUCAAUGGGAAACUGUAACAGCGAAGCUUCUUCCCAAACGCAGCUAUAUUCCGACCAUCUCCAUGAUCACCCUCAACCUUCCAACGGCAUCAGCGUUCUACCUACGAAUUCCAAGCCCUCCGUGGGUCGGGUCCUGAACCGGCCCAUGGAGGACGUCCGCUCCACCUAUAUAUUCGGCCGUGAACUAGGCCGCGGGCAAUUCGGCGUCACCUACUCAGUGACCCACAAGCACACUAACGAACAAUUGGCGUGCAAAUCCAUUGCCACGCGCAAACUCGUCCACCGCGACGACUUGGAUGACGUCCGCCGCGAGGUGCAGAUCAUGCACCACCUCACCGGGCACCGCAACAUUGUCGAGCUCAAGGGAGCCUACGAGGAUCGACAUUCUGUCAAUCUUGUCAUGGAGCUCUGCGCCGGCGGCGAGCUCUUCGACCGGAUCAUCGCCAAGGGCCAUUACUCCGAGCGCGCCGCUGCCGACCUCUGCCGCCAGAUCGCCACGGUGGUGCACGACUGCCACACCAUGGGAGUGAUGCACAGGGAUCUGAAGCCGGAGAACUUCUUGUUCCUCGGCAAGGAGGAAAACUCGCCGCUUAAGGCCACGGACUUCGGUCUCUCCGUGUUCUUCAAGCCCGGCGAUGUGUUUAAGGACCUUGUUGGGAGUGCGUAUUAUGUUGCUCCUGAAGUGCUGCGUAGAAGUUAUGGACCCGAAGCUGAUAUUUGGAGUGCUGGGGUUAUAUUGUUCAUUCUGCUCUCUGGUGUCCCUCCCUUCUGGGCAGAAAAUGAACAGGGUAUCUUUAAUGCUAUUCUUCGUGGACGUAUUGAUUUUGAAUCAGAUCCUUGGCCUUCCAUUUCAAGCAGUGCCAAAGAUUUAGUCAAGAACAUGUUACGAGUUGAUCCCAAAAACAGGCCCUCGGCAGUUGAAGUCCUUAAUCAUCCUUGGAUGAGAGAAGAUGGAGCAUCUGAUAAACCUCUAGAUAUUGCUGUUUUAACCAGAAUGAAGCAAUUCAGGGCAAUGAACAAGCUCAAGAAAGUAGCUCUCAAGGUUAUUGCUGAAAAUCUUUCUGAAGAAGAAAUCAUUGGCUUGAAGGAAAUGUUUAAAUCCAUGGACACAGAUAACAAUGGAAUAAUCACUUUUGAAGAGUUGAAAACUGGCCUGCCAAAACUGGGUACUAAGAUUUCCGAGUCUGAAGUAAAGCAGUUAAUGGAAGCGGCUGAUGUAGACGGAAAUGGGACCAUUGAUUACAUUGAAUUUAUAACAGCUACCAUGCAUAUGAAUAGAAUGGAAAGAGAGGACCACUUAUAUAAAGCUUUUGAAUAUUUUGACAAGGAUAGAAGCGGGUACAUCACUAUGGAAGAGUUGGAAUCUGCCCUUAAAAAAUAUAAUAUGGGUGAUGAGGAAACAAUAAAGGAAAUCAUUUCCGAAGUUGAUACAGACAAUGAUGGAAGAAUUAACUAUGAGGAGUUUGUAGCCAUGAUGAGGAAAGGCAAUCCAGAUUUGGUAACCAAACGUCGCAAAUAACUAAGUUUGAUCAUAAACUCCCUGUUUUUACUGGAUUACACUGGAGGCUCAAGUUACACUGUCUGUACGUUUUUCUGAUACGGACUACGUCGCAUUCAACACUCUCCACUCACCCAUUGUAUUUUAGAGCUGUUAAUCUAACAAUGUAUUUAUGCCUUUUUACCAUCUUGUCUGCGUCUCAUGGGACAAUUUACUCUGUUUGUACUUUCUUAACUUGGGGGUAUAUAUUUUAGCGUGGUUCUUUGGUAAAUCUUUUUCUUUUUUCAUUUCGAAUGCUCUUUCAUCAUGCUCUUUUAUCAGACACAUUUUUUUAAAAAUGUUCAUUUUUUUAUGGAAUAUUUUAUAAUUUCUG